AUGUUGCGUUGUCAUGGAACUCAAGUGACUCAGCACAGGGAUUUGCCAGUGAAUGAUGAAUUUUUGGCAGCAGCUGCCAGACUUAUCAUCAUGGGUGUGCGAUGUGAUAACUCUGGGUACAGCCUGAAUGUAUCUUCUCCGGUGACCGUGCAAGAUGGGCUCUGCAUCACCAUCCCAUGCGCAUUCACUUACGAUGCGUCACAUGAUGACCCACAUGCUCCGUUGUACGGGUAUUGGUUUGCGGAAAAGCACCAGGAAAAGCAUUUAGUGGCCACCAAUAAUCCGGGGAGAGUUAAGAAGAUAAGCCCCCAAGAUAGGUUACGUUUCAAAAUGUCCAAGCUGCGAUUGAAAUGGGGCGACUGCUCCCUCUCCAUCCAUCCAUCUGAAGCCACCGACAACAACACCUUUUACUUCUUCCGAAUGGAGAAAGGUGAUAGAGCACGAUAUGAUUACAAUCAAGAGGGAAGAACAGUAUCUCUCAUUGUGACCGAGAGAAAACCGGACAUAACUGUUUCAGAACCACUGAGGGCGGGACAGGAAGCAAGCAUUGUCUGUUCAGCCCAGUGGUGUGCUUCAUCGGGCCGACCCACAGUCACCUGGAUAGGCUUUUCUAAGGACUCCACAAACAUUUCCGUUCCAAAUAUGAUGGACUCCAGGGUGGAGAGACGUGUGGACUUCAUCCCUUCUGCAGCAGGCCAUCGACGAAAUGUGACCUGCAAAGCCACCUAUAACAGCGGGGACAGUCGCGUAAGCGUUGCGAGGACCAUCGCUCUUAACGUCAGCUAUGCACCCAGGACAUUUCAGUUCAGUGGGCACUUGACACUCUCUAAUGGAUCUCAACUGGAACUCACAACCUACACCCAAAUCGUUGCACAGGAAGGCGACUCUCUCCUGGUCCGUUGCAAUGCCGACGGCAACCCUGCGGGCGCUGAGACUUGGGUGAAGAAACCGCAGCUCUCGACAGCUCAGUUGCCCACCUCAAAUAACACUCUGCAGUUUUUGGACCUGAAGCUGCAAGACAAGGGCGAAUACACGUGCCGAGCUGAGAACGGAGAAGGUUCUGCGAAGGAAGUCUUCUUUCUCCAGAUAAAACGUAAGCGAGUCAUGAACGGGGUUCUCCGAGAGGGAUCCUUCUGGGAGUUGCCAGUGUCGGUGCAAAACCAAAGCACUCUUGAAUGUCUCAUGGCCAAGAGGGAAGAGUGUUGA